AUGUCAACAUCAUUCUACCCCAUUUACGAUACUUUGCCCGAUGCAAGCGACAACUUGCGCCUUCUUAUCGUCCAUGCUGGUGGCGUGUCCGAACCUAUUCGAUGCACACUGCGAACUGUCAGCUUUCGCGACAAGCCUUCUUAUGAAGCUUUGUCGUACACGUGGGGCGAUACUCCCACCACCGAGUCAAUCGAGGUUGACGGCUUUGACAUUCAAGUUACUGCGAACCUCGAGCAGGCGCUGCGUCACUUACGGGAUGUGGAAAUCGAUAUUACACUAUGGGUAGACGCUGUUUGCAUCAAUCAAUCGGAUUCAGCCGAAAAGUCGCAUCAAGUUGCAUUCAUGGGCAAGAUAUAUCGAGACUGCGCCCAAGUACGGAUCUGGUUGGGAUGCGAUAGCUCCAAGUGCGGCAUUACACAAUCCUCGUUCCAACCGAGCGACUCAGCAGACGGCAACUCUGGAACAGUGGAUCUAUUCGAACUUAUACGCAAUCUGGCAAAUGGUCAACACAUAUACGAGUGGCCUUGCUUCCGUACCGAGAAUGACUGUGGGCGCGAUACAACGGUCUACGAGGUCAAUGAUAAGUGGACCGAAAUUCGCGAAGCGUUCUUGGCUGUCAUGGAAAGCCCAUGGUGGUCGCGCAUGUGGACAGUUCAAGAAGCGGUCUUGCCUACGAAAGGCAUAUUGACCUAUGAUUAUGGACCAGGACCGGGCAAGUGGGCAUCAUGGGCGCGUCAAUUCGAUGCACCCGUCGAUAUUACCUUUUCCGGUUAUGCUUUGAAAAGAUACUUCGCCUACCAUCCAGUUCAUUCCAACAUUUUCGAUGCCUCCGAUGGCCAUAAAUCGAAACGCGUGUUGCUUAUGGCUCAUCCGACACUAGGAGAAUCGGACGCGAGCCACUUGGGACUUGAGAUUGUAGGCAGAAGAGUUGGAAGACUUAAUUUUAUCUCGCAGGAGACCUUUCUCAGUCCUAUAAUAAGAGACGUGAGCAGGGUUCUCAGACAAUGGACCCUAGACGCGCUCAAUUGGGAUGUCAUGGAUAGCUUAGCAGAUAACCAUGCUUACAACAACUCUCCUAAUGAUUCCAGCAAAUAUCCAGAGACAUCUGUGAGGUUCUGGAGAACGCUGCUAGGAGGGUUAAGUAUACCACACAACGUACACGUUUCACCGUGGGAGUGGACCAGGUUUACUCCUGCAACGAUGGAAUGGCUGGAUGAAUUUUUCUCGUGGUUUAGAGUCUAUCAACCUAUGGAUCAGGCACUUUUCCAGAUGAUCUCUGUUGUGGCAUACGGAAGACGCUAUUUCAAGGCGGGUGAUAGUAGUCAGGGUCUCUGCUACCCGAAUGCUUGUGUUGGUGACGAGGUGUGGGUAUUGCAUGGAGGAGAUCUACCGUUCAUUCUUCGACCAGUCUGUCUUGAUCAAGAAGAAAGAGGGACGCUGAUACCCUUGGAUGAGCAAGCCUUCAUGAAAGACGGAAACUUGGUUUUCAAGGACGAUUGCCAGCCUGCCAAAGCACCUGAUGGAUACUACGAGCUUGUUGGAGACUGUCAUUUUGACGAAUUUAUGCAUGGCGAAGCAAUGCACGACGCCGCGUUCCAGGACCAGACUAUCGUGUUGGUGUGA